AUGACAAGGAAGAGAAACUGGGGUGAAAAAGAAACUGUGGUGCUUACUGAAGAAUGUAGUGCUAUCAUACAAAAGAAGCUAUCCCAAAAGAUGAAAGAUCCUGGGAGCUUUCAAAUUCCCUGCAUUAUAGGGGAUAUCAACAUUGAGAAACCAUUAUGUGAUCUUGGAGCUAGCAUUAACCUCAUGUCUUUGGCCAUGAUGAAAAGAAUGAGAAUUGAAGAGGCCAAACCAACAAGAAUGGCCUUGCAAUUAGCUGACAGAACAUUCAAAUUUCCUCAUGGGAUGGUGGAAGACUUGUUGGUGAAAGUGGGGGAGUUUAUCUUCCCAGCUGACUUUGUUAUGCUUGAUAUGGAAGAGGAGGUUAAUACAUUAAUUAUCUUGGGAAGACCAUUUUUAGCCACUACUGGAGCUAUAAUUGAUGUGCAAAAGGGAGAGCUGGCCUUAAGAUUACAUGAAGAAAGGAUGGUGUUCAAUGUUUUCAAAGCAAUGAACUACCCCAAGGAGUCUAUUGGAGAAUGCAUGAUGGUGGAUACAAUAGAGACACUAGUCCAAGGAGUUUUGGAGGAAGACAAAUUUGAAGAAGUAAUGGAAGAAGAUCAACAAGCAGCAAGUGGUGAACUACCACAAGAAAUCACAGAAACCUCAAUAAUGUUGAACAAGGCAAGCAAGAAAAAAGUAGAAGCAUCAAAGUUGGAGUUGAAGACCCUGCCUCCAAGCUUAAAGUAUGCUUACUUGGGUAAUAAUAACACAUACCUAGUCAUCAUUAGUUCAAGCUUGAGUGAGGAGCAAGAAGAGGAGCUUAUCAAGGUGCUGAGACAACACAAGGAUGCCAUAGGAUAG